UUCCUAUUUUCCAUAGAUGAACCUUGGAUAUAUGAUCUUCAUCUUACUGCAUUUAUCAUCUCUGUUACAUAAUGAAUCAGCAGAUGCUCAUCCAGCUAAACGCAGGAUCGGACCUCUCUUCUCUGACUUGGGCCUCAUCGGUGGAAGGAGAUAUCAGAAAAGAUCAGGAAGCAAGAGUGGAAGCAGCAGCGGUGGAAGCAACAGUGGUAGCAGAAGUGGUAGCAACAGUCGUAUCAGGAGUGGUAGCAGAAGUGAGAGCAAUGAUUCAUCCGACGAGCGUUUCAGAAAGAAGUAUCCCUCAGCAACCCUUCCUACCAUAACAGUGACAACACUUCCCAGAACCAUGCCACCAAGAUUCACAACAGCUCGCACGGCAGCUACAACGACUACACCGCCACCACCAACGACACCACCAGGAACGACUGUGACAACCUCUAUGACGCCUACAGUUCGAGUAGAAACUACGGAGCUUACCACUUCAAACAAUCCAAUCACGCCAGCCACUCCUACGACGCCGACAGCAACUACAACUCCUAUCACAUCCAGAUCUCCAACCACACCUACCACUUCCACUACAACCAACACCCCAACGAUAAUUACAACACCUACAAAGCCUACAAUCCCCACCACUCCUACAACUCCUACCAUCCAAACGACUCCCAGGACACCCACGACACCAAUCACUCCUACAACGCCUUCGACACCAACAACACUAACUACCCCCACGACUCCUACAACAACAAUAACAACGACGCCAACUACUCCUACAAAACCUACUACUACGACGACACCUACCACUCCUACGACACCAACUACCCCUACGACACCUACGACUCCUACGACAUCAACUACCCCUACAACAACCACAACAUCGACGACACCUACGACUCCUACGACACCAACUAACCCUACGACUCCUACAACAACAACGACGCCAACUACUACUACAUCACCUACUACUACGACGACACCUACGACUCCUACGACACAAACAACCCCAACCACCCCUACAACACCUACGACUCCUACCACACCUACCACUCCACCAAGUACUACCAGGUGUAUACGUCGAGGAGAUAUUUGCCCAGGAGAGUGA